UUUAGCAUCUAGAUUCAACUGUAGUCGAAAUCAAAGAAGAAUCACUGGUCACGAGGCUUAGAAAGAGUUCGUCUGCUGUUUAGUGGUGUAGAAAAUGGAAGAGGAAACGGAGGCGAGCAACGACGAUACAGCACAAAUCGCUGUAACUCAUUCAGAUGUAGAGAAUACCACAAACUCUUCACCAACGUUUUCAAAAAAUCCUACAGUAAACAUCAAUGCACCAGCUGAUUCAUGUGGAACUGAUACAAAUACAAAGCACAAAUUUCUGGUAUGGUACCUCGGUUCGGCUACGAUGCACCGCCUCUAUACCCACAGCGUCCAGCCUUGGGUUAUGGCUGAGGUCAAGCGAAGACGGGAUGGAAUUAAAGAGGUGUCUCUGGAAGUCAGGUCGGAUGGAAUGCUUCGGGCACUGGAACGAAGUCCAUCAGGCCAAGAAACUGGUGAAGUCAUUUUGGAGCACAACAUUCAAGGAUUGUCUCGAUUUGCUCGCCUUCAUCAGGACCCAAGGUGUUUUGGUUAUCUGACAAAGUCUCAAUCAAAUUUAGACUUUACCUGCCAUGUGUACCUAGCCACCACUGAAAGAACAAUUCAUGAAAUAUUUGCCUGCAUCCAAAAAUCAACCAAAGACCAAGUAUCAGCACCUGCUGGCAACAUGGGAGAAGGCACAGAUUCUUCAGAUAGCAUCAAAGCCACUUACGAGGUGAAAUAUCUAGGACGUACCAAAGUCACCCGCAAAAAAUUGACUUCUGAUGCUAUGGAUACAUUGGCAGAACGGCUGAUGGCUUAUGAAGAGAGCCAGCUGAUGAAGAAGCUAGAGGAGCAGGAAAGAAGACAGAGACAUUCAAGUGGUGCUAGUAUCCAGAGCUUGCCAGCAUCACUGGAUGAAGUAGUUAGCAUCACUGAGAAUAAUCUGGGUGCUCAGCUUGACCGUCUGCGACGUGGAGCCAAUGCCGCCAGUUCCCAUGCAACCAGUUUCCAGUAUGACAGUCCUGACAGUAGUGCUGAUGAUGUGGCCAGUGGUGGUGACACAAGCUCCUCAGAAAAUGUUCUGGAUGACAGUACAUCCCAUCACCACUACCACCAUCAAGAUCAUAAAAGACACCACCACCAGGAUCAUCAUAGUCGUCACCAUGGAUUUACACAUCACAGUGUGCCAGCACAUGUUGAGAGACAUGCCAGUGCCCCAAAGAUGACCAUACGAUUUGAAAGUGUAGAUGGUGUUGGAAAUGAGGGUAGUCCAGAGGAGGUUUUUAAUGAUCCUAGCAGUGCAAGUAAAGGUAGCCGGGCCAUGCUGCUUCAGAUCAGCCAGCAAGACAUCUGCCUCAUUAGCCUGGACCAGAAACUGCUUAUACUGGAACGCAUGUUCAAGGAUAUUGCUUCAGUUUCACAGGGUAACCACAAGAAAGAUAUAUUUGGCAUUGUUGUACGUCAGCCUGACAGUUCCUUGAUGGUGUACAUUCUCAGCUGUCAUGCAGAGUCUGUGGUAAACGAGAUACUGAGUACAUUACAGACAGCCUUUAUGUCAGCAUUCCAGAAGUGUACAUCUCAAAAUCAGGUGUGCAGCUUAUGUCCCCUUCAUCAGCUGCAUCGUCUUUGUCAGGAAAUCACCAAGUUAGGUCCACAUGCAGCAUAUGAUCUUUUAGUCCGUCGAACCCAAAAUUUACCUGAGCGAGAAUUAGCUGAACUUUCAAACAAAGUCAAGAUGGAAGGACCUACAACUUAUGAGGAGUCAGUAGAGGUAAUCAUGAUUGCAUUACGACAGCUGUGUGAACAGCGACAGCGGGACCACACCCACAUCACUGAAGGGACAAAGCCAAGCAAGCAAGAUCUCAAUUUAGUUGAUGAUCGGCCCAAGUUUAUGCUGUUUGAAGGAUUCAGGAACAAAGCAAAGAAGAGUCUAGCCAGCUCUUUUGAAAAUCUGUUAAGAACCCGCAAGAAAGAGGAUGCCAAAGAGGCAUUUCGCAAACGUAGUUGGACUACAGACAGUGAUGGUGGAGGCAGCUGGGCAACACGAUCUAUGGACUCCUCAGUGGCUUCUACGCCUGAUGCCUCACCUCUUACUUCACCUGUCAGCAAGCACUUCAGCCAUGAUUUUCCUAGCCCACCUGGAUCUCCAGAACCCCGCAAGCGCAGCUCCACGCUUGGUGCCAUUCCAGAUUCAUCAGAACGAGAGCGUGCUGCAGCAAAACAGCGCUUACGGGAUGUAAAUCACAACAAAACCCAAAGCAACAGCAGCCCCAUGAAGACAAUGUACCUCAUGGCAACCAGCCCACAGCUUCCCGACUCGAGUUCCUCAUCUCCUCUGACAUCCCCAUAUGAAGACCGUUGCACCUCAGGCAGUAUUGUGUGCAACUCUGGGAAUAGUUCUCGGAAUAUGGGAUCAUGGCGCAAGGCCAUUUUUGAACGUGUGUGUACUCCAUCACGAGAUUCUUCUCAUUCAUCAGCAGGUGAUGACAAGCAGUCUCACGAGAAAAGGAAGAAAACAUCAGCAGAACUGCGAUCUAUGUGGAAAAAAGCCAUGUUAGAAACUCUCCUCCUAAUCCGAAUGGAGAAGGAGAAUUCUGACAUUCGAGACUAUUUCAUCAUUUAUGGCUCACGUUCACUGGUGGUUUUCAAGGCAAGACAAGAAGAGGAAAAUCUUGAGCGUAAACUAGACUACAAGGAGCUGACCCCCUGUCUUCGGGACAUUACAAAGGUGUGGGAUGACCUGCUCAAUGCAGCAGCUGCAGGCAGAUCCGAGCCUGUACAAUAUUCUACACUUUUGGACUAUGUUAAAAAAGGGGUGCCCAGAAGCCAGCGUGGUCAGAUCUGGCGUUUUCUAGCAGCACAACAGUGCCUCCACAGCCAUUUGGAUCAGGACACAUCAGGAUUGUCAGACCUUGGUUAUGAGGAUCUCUUGAAGCAGCUGACCACACACCAACAUGCUAUCCUCAUAGACCUUGGCCGAACAUUUCCAGGACAUCCAUACUUUGCUAAAGCCUUAGGUCCCGGUCAGCUGGAAUUGUUCAACCUGCUGAAAGCUUACAGCCUGAUGGACAGGGAGGUGGGAUACUGCCAGGGCAUCAGCUUCAUUGCAGGGAUCCUCUUGAUGCAUAUGGAGGAAACUGCUGCAUUUGAACUGAUCCAACACCUGAUGGUUCGACUGGGACUCAGAAAACAGUACUGCCCCAACAUGAUGGCUCUUCAGAUCAAACUUUAUCAGCUGAUGCGACUGAUACACGACCAAGACCGUGAGCUGUACAGUCAUUUUGAGGCCUAUGAAAUAGCCCCAGCAUUGUAUGCAACUCCCUGGUUUCUCACUCUCUUUGCCUCCCAGUUUCCUCUUGGCUUUGUGGCUCGUGCUUUCGACAUGAUAUUUAUACAAGGACCAGAUGUGGUGUUCAAGGUGGCACUAAUGCUGCUUGUGAGCCAUAGAGAGCUGAUAUUACAGUGCAGUUCAUUUGAAGGAGUUGUAGACUUUCUGAAGACCACUUUGCCAGAUAUGGUGCAUGUGCAGAUGGAACGAGUCAUUAAUCAGGCUUUUGAGCUAGAUAUUAGCAAGCAACUUCAAGCUUAUGAAGUAGAGUAUCAUGUGUUCAGUGAAGAGAUGAUCAGCUCCCCACAUUUAAGAGGCCAGUCUUCUUCUGGUGCCAGUGCCAGCCACCAUAUGGCUGCAAUGCAACAGACUGUGCGUAAACUGCGACAGCAGAAUCUGGAGCUGGUAGAGAAACUGCAGCGAGCUCACAGCCAGCAGCACAGCCUACAGCUGGCAGAGCAUGAGUAUCGAGUCAACGAGGACAAACUUAAGUCUCGGAUCCAAGCCCUAGAGCUUGAGAGGUCUGCGCUGCUAACUACUGUAGCCACCCUCAAGAGCCUUAUUCCUGAGAGUGAACUAGAGAAGCUACCUCAUCUGUUACAGAUGCAGUCAUUGUCAGCGUGUUCUUCUCCAUGCUUGUCUCGGAAAUCCUGUCCAUCUAGUCCUGUGAAGGAACGACAACAAACUCUCAGCAAAAGCUGUGGAGAUCAAGGAGUAGCACCAGGUUUCAGUCCUUUGUCAAGCAGACAAGAGGCAGACAGUGGAGACAAUAACAAGAACCUUGUUGGUAGUGGUGAAGCUGUAGAGAGUGUUAAACAAGGAUCUACUGAUCAAAUUUGACACAAUUUUAAAGGUCACAAAAACAGUUUAGUAGAUGUGUUUCUGCAUAUUAUGUUUUACAACACAUGAUGAGAAUCUGCAGCAAAGGUGGCUCAUAGAUCUGAGUGAAUUGAUAUUCCAUCAUUCUUAUGAAGUAAUAUGUUAGAGAUUUAUCUCAGAGAGGCCCUGAGAUUUAAAAUAUUCUAUACAAAUAUUUUGUAGAAAGAAAUGUCUAGUUUAAUGUUGGCAGUAUGAGUAAUUUCCUUUUUUGAUGCCUGUGAUUAUCUGUGACUAGCCCUUUAGUCCUUAGUAUGUCUUCUUUCUCUGCAUUGCAUAGUUGCUCUUAUUUCUUCCUAUUUUUUUUCUGUGUCCUACUAUGCCAUUCUCCACUUCCACCACCCCCAGUUCUUCUUGUCUGUCAUUUAUUUCCUCCUUGUCCCCUUUUGAGGUCUGUCACUUGACAUCUUGAAAUGUUCUAUUACACAAUUGUUAGUCUUUGAUUAGUUUUAUUGUAUUUAGAAAUGUAACAUCUGUGUUAAAGAAAGAAGAGCCAGAAGUAUGAUAGGAUGAUAAGCAGAAUAACCAAUUUUAUUCAAUGUAGGCUUUUUAUAGCUACUCUAAAUAUUUGACAGUUUUGCAGGUCUUGAAAGAUCAGUUUUCAAAGGAAGAACUUCUGGUGACAGCAGUCUUCAUGUUAAGUCAUAGAUGGCAAAGUCGGUUGUUGAUUUGUUUGAAAUUUCUGAAGUGACAUUUACAUAGAGAAACGAGCAAUAAUAUAUCUAUCUUUAUAGGUGCCCCUUAACAUAUGACAUGAUAAGAUCAAGAGAGAACUGGGUGUGAGUGAGUGAGAGACUAAGUGUACCAUGGCCAUGCUGUAUGUGCACAAAUUAGUACAUAAUGUCUAUAUAUAUAUAUAUCAUAAAUUUAUAAUCUCAUCAUUCUCCCCUACAUCUUAAAAGACAGUAAUGUAAAAAUGUAGUGUGCAUGAAUAGAGUAGCAAGUCUUCUCAUCUCCUUGGUAUCUCAAAGUUUAUAACAGAUGAAUGGUCACAAUCAAAAUGGAGAACUGCAUUGACAGGGUUACAUCCUUGUUAACAACUUUUUAUGGUUUUGCUGUGAUGCUGGCCAAGCCAUAAGUGAAGACUAUUCUUGCUGGAUAAUGUUUUAGUGUUCAUGAUCUAGUAAGGUUUAGAUAAACAGAAUACAAAUUUAGUUUCAUUUGUGCAAUCUGUUGUAAAUCAUAUGCAUUUUGUGUUGUACACUGUUUUUCAUAUGCUUUGUAAGUGGUUGUCCUUUGAAUUGCUUGCCAUUAUUGUGUGUCAAAGGAAAUGCUACUUUGCUUGCAGGGGUCAUAGUAUUCACUUUUUAGUUUUUGAUAAACCUUCUUUCUUAGAUUAUUAUUUUGCUAUGCGCAAGAAUGCAUUGGCCUGGCAUUUUGUAUGCUGGGCUGUCAGCAAUAAUUUCAUAUACGCAAAGCUGGGACAGUGCAUUUCUUUCCUUCUUCGUCAGUCUUCUUGCUAUGCCUUUUGUUAGUUUGGCGUCUGUAACUGUCUUUUUAUUUUUAGGAUUUGUUUUAUUUGUUCUGGUUUUGAAGACUACUAAAACUGUAGUCUGAUAUUGUUUAAUAACAGUGUGGUUCUGACUGAUGCACAAAUUUUUUCUUUUUAUAACUGUAAUAUUAUAUAUUUCAAUUUGAGAUUAAUGGUUAAUUAGUUUCUUGCUGUAGUUUGAUGUGAAAACAUACAGGAAGACCACUUCACUGUGAAAAUCACCUUAACAUGUCAGUGUUAAUAUCAUGUUUGCGCGCAAAAGUGAAUAUAAUGUUUCUCAGUUACAGAUCAUUGUGGGAACAUGAAAAAGCCUCUGUGACUGAGUUGAUGUAUUGGCUGUCUUGUAUUGGUUAGCUUUAAAAAAAAAACCUGUUUUUAGCUGGAAUUUCAAACCAGUGUAAAAAAAAGGUGAUUUUUCAGUGACCUGAGAUCUUUUUAACAAUAGUGGAUAUUCAGUAUUUAAGAUUUGUCAAGAUUUACCCUAAAAGAAAUUUUGAAUCAUUUCAGUAGCUCUGUCUGCUGCCCAUGUGUCACUUUUCAAUUCUAUAGUAACUGGUCUGUUCACAUACAAAGCACAAAAAUUUGCUGCAUGUAGCGCUUUUGCUUAGGGCUAUGAAGCAAAACAGAAUUUUUCAUGCUCAGUCAAGUCUCAGCAAGCAAGAUCUGUUUGUCUAAUGUCUACUUUAUUUUCCAUCUUGAAAAUUCUUUAACACUGUUGAAUUCAAUUGCUAGUAGAGAGUUCACGAUUAAGAAUCAAUCAGAGGUCCUGUCAGCUGCAUGUGAUGGCACACAACACUUAAUUUCUUUGUUGGAUCUACAAAGCAAUAUUUUGGUGCUUGAUGGAGUUCGUAAAAAUAUUUUAUUGCUUGUGCAUUACUUGCAUUCUCAUCUAGGUUCCCUAUGUGUGGUAAUUUGAGCAACGAAGUUUGGUCGAUCAGCGCAUUCCCGUAUUGUUACAUUGCUGAUUUUAUAAAAAUUACCAAGUUCACAUUAUGGUGUUUUUGUUGGCAUGAUAUACCUUGUUCAGGCAUGAGUCAUUACUUCUAGGUACAAAGUAAACUGAAACUUUCUCUCAAACAGUUGACCAAUGUGGAUAGAAUCAAUAUAUAAACUGGAAUUGCAUUGUUAUUCUUGGUGAUUUCUUUAGUAACAUAUUUCACUUUUUAAGACAUUUAUUUUCAUUUUCUUUCUUUUUGUUGUGCAAAAUAAUGCCAUCUCUUCUCUGUUCCGUUGUUGUAAGUUGGAAGAUGUAGACAAUAUGAACAUUUUAUAAAUGUUGUGUAAGUAGCUAAAUAACCAUUUUUUGUCCACCUAAUAAUUUGCAUAACAUACCAUUGAAUCAUGGUACAACAGUUUUGUGGUGAACUUAAUGCCAAUUAAACUGUAUAGUAACUCCUUUAGUUCUCAGGUGUUUAGGAUGGUGAUAUUUUUUCAAACAUUUAAGUGAAAAAAAUGAACGGAAUUGUGCAAUCUCUGCCCAUGGUGUAUACGCUAAUUUCAGACUGGACCAUUUGUUUAAUAUUAUGUUGAGAAACCAUAUUUCUCACUUGAGUAUGUUUUUGUGUUCAGAAUUCGGAAUGUCUUUUUACUUUUGUUACAUAACAUUCAAGGCUUUGGACCAGUGCAAACUGUGCAGAUUACAAUUGUUAACAUAUUGUUUGCCUUAAGCCAUAUGGACCAGAAUGGUUCAAGUAGCUUUUGUGAGCGAGUUAACAAACCUUUGGGACCAUACUAAUAUGGAUUAUUUAGGCAACCUCUUCUGUGGAAUGAACUAGCACACCUAGUUUAAGGAGGCUAAGAGGGAGAAGAGGAAAGCAAUCCUGAUCACAGGAGCUAUAGCAAAGAGAGUAGUUAAUAAGAAUCCCACCUUAAAGGCUAACCUGAGUCUGACAGGUUAGGAGAAAAAUUUUAUUGUCAUUAGUUUUCAGAAAAAAAGUGCUGUGCACCUUUUACUGAAAAAGAUGAAUACAAUGUUUCUCAGUUACAAAUCUUUGUGGGAACAUGGAGGAGGAUAUAUGAUGAGUUGAUGUAGUGGAUGUGUUAUUGUUUAGCACAAAGAACCUGUUUUUUUGAGUUCUUAAAUUUCAAACUAUUGUGAGAAAGGAAUAUAGAUGACAGUGACCUCUGAUCUUUUUCACAUUGUUGAUAUUCACUGUAUAAGAUUUGCCAAAAUAUCUUAAUAGAAAUGUCAAACAUUU